AUGAGCAGGAUGGAAGAAGUUCUCGCAGAUGUGAUAUCAUAUUCAGCAUAUUUUGUCACCCUAGCGCUUAACAGUACUUUGAUCUACCUGACUAAAUACUGUUCGACUAGACUCACAAUCAUCUAUCGUCGCAUGAUCAUCGGUUUUGCAGUUUUUGGGAUCGGAUUCUCUACGUUGGAUAUCGUGGUGAGACCUAUAAUGCACUCUUACAACGGAUGUUUUUUGUACUUCAGUUUGAAAGGAUCAUUUCGUUCGUCGAAAGCUAUCACAGAAAUGCUUCUAGCGAUAUACUCUGCCGUCUACGCAGCGAUACUAUCAUUCCUCACAAUUCAGUACAUCUACAGAGUGUGCGUUUUAAGGUGUCCACAGUUGGUGCAGUACUUUCGCGGUUGGCGGUUUAUACUGUGGCUUGGAUACGUGUUCAUGUUUGGGCUUGCGUGGGGAGUUAUCACCUAUUUUUAUGCGUACCCGGACGAAUACGCAAGGGAUUAUGUCAGAGAGGAAAUGUACGAACAGUAUAAAGUGGAUUCGGACAAGGUUGCACUCUUUGUACUACUUGCGUAUGGUGAAAACAAUGGCACAAAGUUUGUUCGUCCUCAAAGUUUAAUUUGCAUAUUUGGACAGAUGGGUAUCAUGAGCCUACAGUACAUGAUUAUGAUGAUAUGUGGAAUUUUGAUUUACAAACAGAUAAAAGCAGAUCUAAAGGAGACCACAAUGAUACUGAACAGCAAAUUUCAAAAGCAAAUCUUCAAUGCCUUACUGUACCAACUAGUCGCUCCAUCACUUCUCGUCCAUCUUCCAGCAGUUCCCCUAUUCUUUGCUCCAUUCUUCGACAUGAAAUUCAGUUUCCGAACUAGAGUUGUUGUCUAUUUUUUCAGUGUCUACCCUCUUCUAGACAGCCUAAUUCUGCUCACAGUUGUAUCCGACUAUAGACUAGCAGUCAGAAAAAUUGUGGCCAACAAAGCGGUUCAGCUGGUUGCAAUGCUUAAUGUGGGUACAGUGACCCCAACAACCGCCACUAAUCAAACAGCGGAAAAUCGAGUUGCGGAAAAUGCUCUUUGA